CGCCGAACCGGCAACACGUCUCUCCAACCCCUAUCAGUGUUACCUCAGCACCCGCCCUGACGUUGUGCAGUGACCGAAGUGGGAACGUAUACGCUGUGAUUUGUUUUGAGUGUGACGUCUAGUGCAACUUGUGAACGCAAAGAAAAAUUGUGUUUCAGUGAUGAGGUUGUUCGCUACGUUAUGAAUGGUCUGGAUCGGUGCUUCUUCGAUCAACGUGAGUCGCAACAAAAUGGGGAUGACUGCAGUUAUAGUUAUAUAAGCCUGGGCCGGCUGCACCCGUACGGCUCGGGCAGCAGCGGUUCCAGCGGGAGCGGGCGACGGCGCUCGCGCAACCGCGGCCUCUCCGACUCGCCAACUGCCCCCACUACCCCUACCUCGGCGUCCGAUAACGCAUCUGACGCGACUUUGACGGAUUCCGAACUGCCUUUGGCGAGGGAUUCAACUCUACUCGUGCAAAACGGUAAAAAACGCAUGCUGAGAUCUACCUACGACCGUUCAGACCACGAACGUUGUCUCCUGGAAGGUACGCGGCCUCCGCCCGAUGUGCCCCCGCGCAACCCGACCAUGUCACGUCUGAACGGACGUAUUACCGGUAACCCAGCCGAUCUGGGUGACUUUGAGCCCUCGUGUCUCGUACGCACGCCUUCUGGCAAUUUCUAUGUGCCUUCAGGGGACAUACAGAAGAAUCCGUCUAUGGACUACAAGUCGAACUCAUCCUGUAGUAGUCCAGGAAAACAAGACAAAAGUACCUUAGAGAGAAUGGACAGGAACGACAGGUCCCAUCCAGCGUUUGGAGCACCGGUCCCCGUAUUACCAGUCCGCAAUAAUCUCCGCGCAACGCAUUUCCCUCAGGGCGCCUCACGAUUCCACUUCAGAAAAGACCUUUCCUCUAGGUGUUCGUGGAAAUGUACUGCCAUAGUGUUCAUAAUACUCUUUGUUCUUCUCUUAGCCUUCACUUCCUAUAUAUCAGCAUCAUACUUCGUCAACUGGUCAUAUCAAAACUCAAAAGCAUGUAACGUAGUAGUUGGCGAUUCAACUGAUAACUUUUCAGCGUCAAAAGUCACGACGCAGGAAUCUAAUAACAAAUCUUUAGCGCGACCUCAUCAAAGCUCACCUCAGAGCUCAGGUAAUGGACACUCUCGCCCUCGUAGAAGCGUAGAACUUGCUUCUGUACAAACUUCUUCUGUUUCUUUCACGGAUACUUCCAAUGUAGAUACUUUGCAUGAAAUCACGCCUUCUGUGAACACUGUUAGCUUAGUGCAUGGUGUGGACACUGUGUCUACUCCUUCAUCAACUUUAACUACCGAAACUAUAAAAAAUAAUUACGAAACUGUUAGUAUCGCUACGUCUACAUCAACAACUUCUAUUUCAACUUCUAUUGUUGAAACUAUUAACAACUUUGUUAAUCGUGACUCCAACAGCAAUUCAGAACAUAGUGAGUCAGUUAAUAAAAAUGACAAUAACAUAGAUCAACCACCUGCAGUCUUAAUAACAGAAAAAUCCUUAAUACCUAAAAAUGAAAACAAAAAAGAAAGCAUUGCUUAUGAACCUGAUUCCAUGCAAGGCGAUUCAUUCUCAUCCAUUUACACAUAUGGUGUUCAAAAGCUUCAGUAUCUGAAAUUACUAGCUAAACUAAAUGAAGUGAGUGAGGAACUACAUGUAGAUUUAGACGAACCUACUGAACAAAAGGAAAGAGAAAAACUUCACUACGAUAGCGGCAGUCAAACUGCAGCUACAGAAACUACAAGUACUUCACCCACUGUAAGAAGUACAUCUCCUGUCACAACUAAUGAAACACCUGUUACAAGUAAACCAACAAAAGAGAUAGUCGUUAGUACACACCAGUUCGUUGCACCGACCGAGCAUGCCAUUUUGACUACACCAACACCGAGUGAAACUAAUACUAAUCCUGUACAUAUAACGACUACAUCGCCGACUUCAGACGCUACUGUAAAUAUGACUACAGAAUCCAAAACACCGGAUUUUACUAACGCCAAACAUGUGAUGAUAAAUCUAACAAUAUCUGCGGAUAAUACGGAAAAUUCAUACAAACCACUUUAUUCGUUAACAGUGAAAGUUCCUACAGUUGGUGAUUCUAAUGAAAUUCCAACGGUCAAAAUAACUCCUAUGGAAGCCGAACCAACUCAACCUACAAACUUUAAUAAGCCUGUUACUAUAGAAGGUGUCACAAAAACCAUUAAAGAAGUGGAUACUGUUGCUAGUUGGGGAGGAACCUGUGAAUGUUCUUGUCCAAGUUGCGAUAAUACGGAAUCGCCAGAUGACUUUUACAAUGAUGAUUAUGGAGGUAGUACCAAUAAACCUUUUGAUAGUACAGAUACUGUUAUAAACAGUACUGAUUCUCUAGGUUCAACAGACGGUAGUAAUACUACUGAAGAUCCUACGGAAUUCAAUGUAACCGAAAGCACUAAAAUAUCGACUGAUGACUAUUUAACAAGUUCAGAUGAUUUAUUAACUGAUAUAAAAUCAACAACAGAAAUAGAAACGGAGUCUUAUUCAACUACUGAAACAGUAAAACUCAUAUGCCCAAAAGUUAAGCCUCCACCUAUUCUAAUACUGGAAGGUGCGCGGACGUUCCCAGCACAGACGUUCCCUCCAGAUGGGACAACCUUCAAAGAAAUCAGUUUAGGUGACAAAUUAUCAAAUGAAAUCCCUCCAUAUAGUUAUUGGAACGUACAGUUCUUUCAAUCAGAAGCUUCUUAUGUGAAAUUUGAUUAUAUGAUUCCGAGAGGAGCGUCAAUAGGAGUUUACGCGAGACGAAAUGCUUUGCCGACCUUAACUCAGUAUCAUUUCUUGGAAGUUUUGAGUGGUUUCAAGGCGAGGACUACGCGGGCUUCACAUCCAUCAGUGAAGAAGGAAGUAACGCACUACAUGGAACAAGGACACUGGUUCCUAUCUCUUUACAACGACAAUGGCGAUCCUCAGGAAAUCACAUUCGUAGCAAUGGUAGCCGAAGAUAUGACCCAUAACUGUCCAAAUGGAUGCUCUGGCAAAGGGGAAUGUUUGAUGGGUCAUUGUCAGUGCCAGCCUGGUUUUGGUGGGGAAGAUUGCAGCGAAAGUGUGUGUCCUGUGCUGUGCAGUCAACGCGGUGAAUACAUCAACGGAGAAUGCCAAUGCAACCCUGGAUGGAAAGGCAAAGAAUGUUCUCUACGUCAUGAUGAAUGCGAAGUCCCUGAUUGCAAUGGCCACGGACACUGCGUCAACGGAAAGUGUUCAUGUGUCAGAGGUUACAAAGGCAAAUUUUGCGGAGAGGUUGACUGUCCACACCCAACUUGUUCAGGACACGGCUUUUGUAUUGAAGGCUCUUGUAUCUGCAAGAAGGGGUGGAAGGGAGCAGACUGUGCAACCAUGGACAAAGACGCUCUUCAGUGCUUGCCAGAUUGCUCAGGUCAUGGAACGUUCGAUGUUGAUACUCAGACGUGCACCUGUCACGCUAAAUGGUCUGGUGAUGACUGCUCUAAAGAGGUAUGCGAUUUGGAUUGUGGUGUACAUGGGAGAUGCGUAGGAGAGUCUUGCGUUUGCGAUCCUGGUUGGUCUGGAGAAUUUUGCACAUCCAAACUAUGUGACGCCCGCUGCAGUGACCAUGGACAAUGCAAGAAUGGAACCUGCCUUUGUGUUUCUGGCUGGAAUGGAAGACACUGCACGCUAGAAGGUUGUCCUCGAGGUUGCGCUGGACAUGGUCAAUGCAGAGUGGCCAAUGACGGUCACUGGGAGUGCAAAUGCUUCGAUGGAUGGGAUGGACCUGACUGUACCACGCUGAAAGAGAAAAUUUGUGAUGACUCUAAAGAUAACGACAAAGAUGGUUUAGUCGACUGUGAAGACCCGGAGUGUUGCCAAAGUCCAGCAUGCAAAGGAAGCCAACUCUGUGUGUCUUCUCCCAAACCAACGGACAUCCUGCUCAGGAAACAACCGCCUGCAAUCACCGCUUCCUUCUUCGAGAGAAUGAAGUUCCUCAUCGAUGAAGGUAGUCUCCAAAACUACGCUAAACAGGAAACGUUCAACGAGAGUCGUUCUGCCGUGAUUAGAGGUCGUGUAGUGACUUCCCUCGGAUCAGGCCUCGUCGGAGUCAGAGUUUCCACAUCAACUCCUCUUGAAGGGUUCACACUGACCAGAGACGACGGUUGGUUCGAUCUAUUGGUGAAUGGUGGGGGUGCAGUUACUUUACAUUUCGGAAGAGCGCCUUUCAAGAGAUCUUCGCAAGUUGUUUUCGUGCCUUGGAAUGAGGUUGUGAUUAUCGACGCUUUAGUAAUGACAACAUCAGAUGAAAAGAGUGGUAUGGGUCCUCCGCAGGCUUGCUUAGCCCACGAUUAUGACGCAAUGAAACCUGUAGUAUUAGCUACGUGGAAACAUGGCUUCCAGGGCGCCUGUCCUGACAAGAGCGCUAUAUUAGCUGAAUCACAAGUUGUACAGGAGAGUCUGCAAAUUCCUGGAACGGGCCUGAAUCUUGUUUAUCACAGUUCAAGGGCAGCUGGCUAUCUUUCGACCAUUCAACUGCAAUUGACUCCUGAGAAAGUACCCCCAACACUGGCUUUAAUUCAUUUGAGAAUCACCAUUGAGGGCAUUUUGUUCGAAAAGACUUUUGAAGCUGACCCUGUUAUUAAAUUUACAUACCCUUGGAAUAGAUUAAACGUCUACAGACAGAGAGUGUACGGAGUAACAACCGCGUUAGUGAAAGUGGGAUAUCAAUACACUGAUUGCAAAGAUAUCAUUUGGAAUGUACAGACAACGAAAUUAAGCGGCCACGAUAUGAGUAUUUCUGAUGUUGGUGGAUGGAAUUUGGAUAUUCAUCAUCGCUACAACUUCCAUGAAGGCAUCCUACAAAAGGGUGACGGAACAAACAUCUAUUUGAAACACAAACCUCGGCUUAUUAUCACAACUAUGGGAGACGGAAGGCAGAGGGCCCUCGAAUGUGGCACUGAAUGUACCGGCGCUGCUAACAAGGCGAGGCUAUUGGCACCAGUGGCUUUAGCAGCUGCUCCUGAUGGCUCUAUUUUCGUCGGAGACUUCAAUCUCGUUAGAAAAAUCAACACAGAUGGAACUGUGCGCACGGUGGUUAAAUUGAACGCCACUCGAGUCUCCUACCGCUACCAUAUGGCCCUCUCACCAUUGGAUGGAACUCUCUACAUCUCCGAUCCGGAAUCCCACCAGAUCAUAAAAGUACGCAAUACUGAAGACUACGACGACCCCGAACAUAAUUGGGAAACCGUUGUUGGUUCUGGCGAAAGAUGUCUACCAGGAGAUGAAGCGCACUGUGGGGAUGGAGCUUUGGCCAGAGACGCAAAGCUUGCCUACCCCAAAGGCGUUGCCGUUUCAAUCGACAAUGUUUUGUACUUUGCUGAUGGCACUAAUAUUCGAAUGGUUGAUAGGGAUGGCAUCAUCACAACAGUUAUCGGUAAUCACAUGCAUAGAGCUCAUUGGAAGCCGAUACCUUGUGAAGGAACACUCAGCGUAGAAGAGGUUCACUUGAGAUGGCCGACUGAACUAGCAAUCAAUCCUCUAGAUAACAGCCUCCACAUUAUAGAUGACCACAUGAUUCUACAAAUGGCUCCAGAUGGCAGAGUUAAAGUUAUUGCUGGAAGACCUCUACAUUGCCCGUCACCUAUGUCUGGCUAUGAUACUGAAUUGGCCACUUAUGCCACUUUAGUCAUGCCACAAAGCAUCGCUUUCGGAGCUGCAGGAGAUUUGUACGUCGCUGAAAGUGACUCCCAAAGAAUCAAUAGAGUACGUCUCAUCACUACAGAUGGAAAAAUCUCUUUGUAUGCUGGCGCUGAAUCAAAAUGCAACUGUUUGGAAAGAGGUUGUGACUGUUUCGAAGCUGAUCACUUCCUAGCUUCUAACUCCAAAUUUAAUACAAUUUCAGCAGUUAUCGUAAGUCCAGAUGGCAUUGUUCACAUUGCUGAUCAAGCCAACUAUAGAAUACGAUCUGUUAUGGCAAGUAUUCCGGAUGCAAGUGGAGCUAGAGAAUACGAAAUAUAUUCACCAGACACUCAGGAAAUCUACAUUUUUAACAGAUUUGGACAACACAUUAUGACAAAGAACAUUCUGACAGGAGAAAACAACUAUGUCUUUACUUACACAGUGAAUACAAGCAAUGGAAAACUCAGUACUGUUACCGAUGCAGCGGGUAACAAAGUGUUCUUACUAAGAGAUUACUCCAGCUUGGUAAAUUCAAUAGAAAACACCAAGGGCCAGAAAUGCAGACUAAAGAUGUCAAGAAUGAGAAUGCUCCAAGAACUACGAACACCUGACAACUUUAAUAUGACAUUCGAUUACUACGGCACCACAGGAUUGCUCAAAGCUAAAUAUGACAGUACAGGCCGAAGCUACAUUUACAAGUACGAUGAAUUUGGAAGACUUACAUCGGCUGUCACUCCAACUGGGCGUAUCAUCAACCUCACUUUCGAUUUGAGUGUGAAAGGCGCAACAGUCCUCGUCAGCGAAAACAAUAGAAAACCAGUAUCGAUUCUUAUCAAAGGAUCUUCUGUCAAUACUAAAGUCGGAGAAGCUGAAAAGAAGACCAUCAUCUCUACAGAUGGAAGCAUUUCUUCAAGCAUGCCUUGGGGUCAUGUUAUUUCUACUGACACUGUUCCAUAUACAAUCUUAUCUGAAAUCGACCCUAUCCUUGGCGAGAGCUACCCUGUACCUGCGAAACAAAGAACUGAAGUUGGUGGAGAUCUUGCAAACAGAUUUGAAUGGCGGUACUUCUUGCGCAGACUAUCAAAUAAAGGAAAGAGUAGCAAGGCCGUUGCACAAAUUGGCCGCAAACUUCGAGUAAAUGGCGAAAAUCUUCUAACUCUCGAAUAUGACAGAGAUUCAUCCACAGUUGCUGUUUUUAUGGACGACAAGGUGGAGCUAUUAAAUGUCACGUACGAUAGGACAGCUAGACCAGUCAAGUGGGGACCUAGAAACGGAAUCUUCGCCGAAGUAGAAUUGGAAUAUGACCGAUUUAACCGAUUGACAAGAUGGAGUUGGGGCGAUCUCAAUGAGACUUACGGCUUCGAUAGAGCUGGAAGACUACAUGAAAUUCGUUACGGUGAUGGCUCUUCUUUGGCGUAUUCAUUCCGUGACAUGUUCACCAGUCUUCCACUGAAAGUAACCACACCUAGAGGAAGUGACUAUCUGCUAGACUACGAUGAUUCAGGAGCCCUGCAGAACUUGACGACACCUCGAGGUCACAUUCAUACCUUUGCUCUUAUGACUUCACUUGGAUACUUCAAGUACCAAUACUUUUCUCCAAUGAACAGACAUCCCUACGAAAUCCUUUACAACGACGAUGGUCAUAUACUGGCAAAAAUAUUCCCUCAUCAAUCUGGUAAGAUCCUAUACGUAUAUGAUAGCACAGGGAAACUGGAAAUGAUAUUGGCUGGAGCGUCUUCCAUACGUUACGUUUACCACGAAAAUACACAACUGGUAAAGAACGUAGAUAUUGUGGAUCUUGAGUAUGAACUCAAGCAAGACUACAAGUACCAUGCUGGUAUACUCAAAGAUGUAAAAAUGAAAUACAAUUCAAAGAGCGGUUUGAACAACGCCCACUGCAAAUAUCAGUACGACGGUAACGCAAGACUUUCAACUAUUGACGUAAAUAUCAAUAGCAAGGAAAUGCCACAACUGAGACUGAAGUACAAUCAAAAUUUGGGUAUUCUUGAAGGAGUCAGUGACUUGAGAAUUUACAGAAAUACUUUUAACCGUUCUGUAAUGCAGGACACCAGCAAGCAAUAUUUCACUGUCACAGACUAUGAUGACCACGGCAGAAUAAAAACAGUUCUCAUGAACAUUAAAUCCUUUGAUGUCUUCCGCUUGGAACUGGAAUACGACGUAAGGAAUCGAAUCAAGACAAAGAAGAUGAUGAUUGGCGAUACUUCAUCAAACGAACGGAUCAGUUAUAACUACGACGGUCAUCUAAUGGAAGUUGUAGGGUCUGAAGACGAUUGGAAGUACGUCUACGACGAAAAUGGCAACGUUAUUGGGGUAAUAGAACGCGGGGAAAAACGUUACCUUGGAUACGACAGCGGUGACCGAGUUGUCCAAUACGGUGAUAUUGAAUUCAGCAGUUAUGAUGGUCGCGGAUUCGUAAUUCGACGUGGAGAACAAAAGUAUAGGUACAACUGUCGCGGGCAAUUCGUGCAUGCCUUCGAAAGAGAGAAGUUCCAAAUGUGGUAUUAUUACGAUGAUAGGAACCGACUUGUUGCUUGGAAAGAUGAUAAGAAUAACGUCACUCAGUUCUUCUACACGAAUCCGCAGACACCGAAUUUGAUUACCCACAUGCAUUAUCCAAAAACAGAGAAAACUGUUAGAUUCUUAUACGACCAGCGAGACUUCUUAACUUGCAUCGAGACUGAAGACCAGCGGUUUUAUGUCGCUACAGAUCACAACGGCUCACCGCUUGUAGUAUUCGAUGUGAAUGGUGAAAUCAUAAAGGAAAUAAAACGCAGUCCGUUCGGUAAGAUCAUCAAAGACACUAAUCCAAGUUUCUAUGUUCCUGUGGACUUCCACGGAGGCAUAUUUGACUUCAACACCAAUUUGAUCUAUCUGGAAAAUCGCCUAUACGAUCCUGUCGUCGGACAAUGGAUGACACCUAGCUGGGAACAUUUGGCGACUAAACUAAGUCUGCCAACAGACAUCUUUAUCUACAGAUUUAAGAACAACGACCCAAUAAAUAAGAACCAGUACGUUCCAUACAUGACUAACUUAGCAAGUUGGCUACAAUUGUAUGGAUAUGAUCUUAAUAAGAUGAUGGGAUCGAAGUACAUUACAGACAUGAUCUUCCAACCCAUGACGUCGGUUACGGCUCCACAAUUAGCUCCUGACUUCGGUGUGAUGUCUGGUCUCCAAUGCAUCAUUGAGAAGGUGAACGACAAACUGUCCGACAUUGACUUCGUGCCUACACCUCUGCUCAAAAUGGAACCGAUUACCCGCAAUCUUCUACCAAGAGUUUCGUACAAACGUGGAGUCUUCGGAGAAGGAGUCCUCAUAUCUCGAGUAGAUGGGAAAGCUUUCAUAAGCGUUGCCGAUGGUGCUAAUAGCGUUGUAGAAGAUGUCAUUACAACUGUGUUUAAUAAUUCAUAUUUCCUGGACGUUCACUUCAGUAUUCACGAUCAAGAUGUAUUCUACUUCGUGAAAGACAACUCGCUGAAGAUCAGAGAUGAUAUGGAGGAACUUAGAAGGUUAUCCGGCAAGUUCAAUGUUUCGCAAGAUGAAACUAACGAUCAAGGAUUGGAGGUGCGAGUCCAUGCAGUCGGUAAAGGUUCAGCACAAGCCGUUAUCGUCCUGCGUUAUGGUGUCGAUCCAGCGCAAGAGAGAAUCAAGCUUCUUAAACAUGCCCAUAAACGAGCUGCCGCCAGAGCGUGGGAGCGUGAGAAGGCGCUUGUCGCAGCCGGAUGGGAAGGCAGAGGUUCCUGGACAGAGGAAGAAAAGGAAGAACUCAUAUCCCAUGGAAUAGUGGACGGAUGGGCUGCAAAGGACGUCCACUCCCUGUCUAAAUAUCCGCAAUUAGCUGACGAUCCAGCUAACAUCAUGUUUGUACGCGAUGGAAGACGGAAAAGGAGAAAGAGCGGCCGCGCGCGUCACCGCUCGUGACUUCUCUAAUCGUGCCAUAACACCACCGUAUUGAAUUCCAAAUUUAAAAUCCGUCAACUAAAUGGCGGAUUGUGAAUUCUGAAACUCAAUAGGGUUUUAGUUCUUAAAAAAAUUAUAGGACUGAAAGUAUUUUCGCAAGUCGUCAUGAACGGUUCAAUCAUGUUAUUGAAAAAGUUCUGUAUAAAUGGACAGAUUAUAAUGGAAAGGAAUGAGAAACACUUCUGAUGAACACUUUACGAUGUUGGCUAACAGCAAGAUUCAAUUUGUGUUUUGCGUACUUAGCAAUAAUAAACUCCGUAUCCCUGUUUUAGCUUAUAUAAUUAUACAUUAUGAACUGAAAAAGAAUCUGGAAUAACAUAGCAGGGUACCGAGUCAUAAAUAAAAUAAAGUUAAAUGUUAACAAAAUAAUAUUAAACUGAGCAUAAUAUUGAAACCAAAAAUACUCAAGAGCGAUCACAGUUAUAUGAAUUUUUGAUAUUAUUUUUACUAUCUUUUACCUCUCUACUUUUAAUAAUUUGUACGUACCACAUCACGUAGAUUUAUUUCACCAAUCAUGUAUUCCUAACACGUAUCUUAGCCAAAUAUUUCGUUCUAUACAUACCUUUAGGUACUUGUAAAUAAUAUUUUAUUCUUGUAGUAUUUCCUUUUAAUGUUAGGCCUAAGGUCUUUUUUACUUCGCAAUACUGUAACUAUAUAAGCAAUAAUAAUUUUAUAUUUUUUAUAUCUUAGCGCAUCUGACUCUUCAAAUUCAACUGGCAGGAGCAGUAGAUGUAACCAUUUCGCAAUAAA